AUGAUCCCACCGUCAUCAGACGUGCACAAAGCGCUAGAAAUAGUCGACCGUGUCUGCCUUGCACAUCCUGCAUCCGCUCUCUUAUGCGAGUACAUCCUAGAGGCCGUCCAACCUUCGGCGGCCGCAAAUUACGUGCAGAGUCGUUUAAGCGCCGAGGGUCAUGCUAACGCGCUUGUCGCCGACUGGAUUUAUGUAAUUGAUUCAGUCAUCUCUGGCGCGCAACCGCGAGCUCCAUCACAUGAUGAGAUUAAUUCCAUCACCAAGCGAGAUGGAACUGUAUGUUGCGUGACAGGAAAACAGGGUAGUCUCUGGGAUCCCCUCAUUGUCGCUCCAAUACUACCUGUGCCAUCUGGGUGGCUCAAUACCGAGCCCCGUAUCACACAUCUCCUACUAGCAUUUUUUGGCCAACAGUACUUUGAUUGGUGGCGUUUCUUCAUCGAGAGAGCGGAGAAUUAUUCUCCUUAUCAAACUCACUGGCUCGUCCGAAAGAGUGUACAUCAGGCCUUACAGGGAGGUAUCAUCAAGUUACAAAGAUUGCCCUCGUCAAUGAUCGAGUUUAAAGUUGAGAAUGUUAUCAUUGACGAUGAGCAACCUGUCGAUGUGAAUGGAGUAUUUGCUUUGCUCGGUGAUCAUUCACGGCAAGGAAUUGAAAAGGUCGAUGCACGGCUUAUUGGCUCGCACGCCCGCUUCUGCAAAAGCUUUCAGCUAGUGAAACUUGCCAGGAAUAUCGCGCCCAGUCUGUUCUCCUCCACAACACCCAUCACAUCCCCAGCUCGACCGCAGCUCCCAGCCCGCAUGAUUUCUAGUAACCUCGGUCUAGGACAAAGUCUCCUCCAUCCAGUAAUGCUUUUGUGGCGGUUCUUCCCAUCUACGGUUCGUAUUACGGUAUACGAGCUGUUACUCAAGAUAGGAAACUACUUCUACAGAAAGGAUGGAAAUGCGAUGGUUCAAAGGCUACCAUUUGGACUGUACCUCAAGUAUAAUUCCGACUCUGCUACCCUAAGGAACGAGUACAAUGCUCUCAAGACCUUGGAACAACAAACAAGUAUUCCUGUGCCACGAGCACUCGAUAUCGUCUCUCAGAGUACUGGCGACAAUGACUUCAGUUAUCUACUCAUAACUAGAGUUCCGGGUACAACAUUGGCGAUAUGUCUGGAUGCGCUGUCUGACCAAGACUAUGCCACUGUCCGCACUCAGCUUAAGGGUUGCAUCUCACAGAUGCGCGACAUUUCUAAGCCGGUCAAUUACAGCGUGGCUAUCUGCAAUACACUGGGUGAAGCCUGCCGCGAUCCGCGAAUUCGAGACUGGGCCCCUGUCGGACCCUGUCCAGAUGAAGCGUCUUUUAGCCAGUAUCUACGAUUCCCAGACGAAUCCAGCCGGCGUGGACACAAUAUUGUCUUCACUCAUGGAGACCUCAACCCUCGCAAUAUCAUGGUGGAAAGAACCAGAGAUUCCACCGGGGUUGGAAGUUGGCGGUUAAGCGGUAUUAUAGAUUGGGAAGCAGCAGGAUACUACCCUGACUACUGGGAUUGUACUAAGAGCAUGUUUGAGGGAUUUCGAUGGCCAAGACGUCACAAUGAGAUGAUGCAAGGUGUGUUUAGAGAGUUUGGGGAUUAUAGCGAAGAAUUAGCUACAGAAAGGAAGGCUUGGGAGUCGGGCGAUGGAAUCUAA